GGUGAGUGAAUCAUUCGUCUCGUAUAACUACUACAUUUUUUUAGUUGACCUUCUUUCUGCUAGUGUCUGUUUUGUUACUGUCAAAAGCGAAUACUCGUAAUAAUGUCUACUAAAAGUGAAAUAGUCUUGAGCGAACAAUAUCCUAUUCAAGUACUAUGUAAUUUUAUCAACCCAUAUAAUGGAAGUCGGGAGACCCUUACGGCCUUCUUGACUAACUGCCAGGAUGCGUUAGAUCUUGCAUCAGACAGUCAAAAAAGACUAUUACUGAAAUUUAUAAUUUCAAAGCUAGAAGGAAAAGCCAGAAUAGCAUGCUCAAAUAAAAUAUUCGAUAACUUCGAAUCGUUGAGAGAAUUUCUUCGUCAAAAUUUUGGAGAAACUAAACACUACAGUCAUCUAUUUUUCGAUUUGCAAUCAUGUAAACAACGUGCUGGCGAAUCUGUGUCUGAAUUUUCAUUACGAAUCGAUACGUGCCUAACCGAGAUGCAGACCGAAAUCCAUAAUUCUAAUACAUCAAAAAAAGACCUAUCAGGUCGUAUUGCCAUGACAGAGGACCUGGCGAUACACUCUUUUAUGUUCGGACUGACUCCUCGUAUUGGUAACAUGGUGCGAUGUCAUAACCCCAAAAAUCUUAACGAAGCAAUUAAUAUCGCCAUUGAAGAGGAAAAAAUCCAGAACUUCGUUGCUAAGUCUCAUUCAACUCAUCAUCAACAGCCAAAAUUAUCAUCACAAGCUAGUUCAUUUAAUUCAACAAAAAUAGACACAAAACAAAAAAUUCCACCUCAAAUCGUUUGCAGUUACUGUAAAAACCCAGGUCAUCACAUUGCGAAAUGUAAGAAACGCGAAUACAAUAACAACUUACGUAAUAAUUCGUAUAAUAAAUAUCGCCCGCUUAAUCAUAUUCCACCUGACUCGGAAUCUUCGCCUUUUAAAUGUUGCGAAAUCGAGAAAACCGACAGUAAUUUAAACUAACGUGUCAGGUAUCGCAAAUGUGCCGGCGAUUGCCUGCAAACCAAACAGGCACAAAAUUACGUAACUCUACUAAAUCGCAACAAUGCAAAGAAAUUAUUAGGUCGUAUGCACAAGCGUGCAAAACUACUUCUAGUUCGUUCACUAAUUCGCCAAUUAAUUCGUCUUCUAAUUCGUUUACUAAUUCGUCUACUAAUUCGUCUACUAAUUCGUCUCCUAAUUCGUCUACUAAUUCGUCUCCUAAUUCGUUCACUAAUUCGUUUACUAAUUCGUUUACUAAUUCGUUUACUAAUUCGUUUACUAAUUCGUCUACUAAUUCGUCUCCUAAUUCGUCUACUAAUCCGGUUACCAAGCCUUCUACUAAAUCGUUUACAAAGUCACAUGAUAAGUCAACCCCGGUAUCCGCUAAGCCGGAUACUACUCGUAAAUCAAUCAGUCAACUUACCCCUCAAACGAUGCCAUCGGCGAUAUCUCAAGAAUAUUUGCCGACAGUGUACGAUAUUUCUCAGCAUAAAAACACACCGUUACCUUACAUACUUGUUCAUACAUCCCAUACCACGAAUCCUAUUUCGUUAUUAGUUGAUACGGGAAGUUCAAUAUCUCUUAUAAAAAGUACCAGUAUUCCUUGUUAACCAGUUCUUGAAAAUCACAAAAUAAAAUUCAAAGGCAUCAAUGACGUAAAUUCACACUGUGAAUCACUGGGCAAAUUCCUUUUGUCAAUAAAAACUAACCAAUCGAAUCUAUCACCUUUUUAUUUUCACGUAGUUAAAGAUGUUAACCUGGAUUACGAUGGUAUUAUAGGAUCAGAUUUUUUAGACAAAAAUAGUGCAUUUAUUAAUUAUUCAGAGAAAUACCUGGGCAUACUUAGCCCCUCUACGCAGCGUUUCAAGUUACAUAUGUCACAACCCUACUAUAUCGUUCCGCCAAGAAGCGAAAUGUUUAUUGAAUGCGCUGUUACUAACCCGGAGUUAAAGGAAGGUUUAAUUUUAAAAAACACGCAUGUAGACUAUCCUAGUGUGUAUUUUUCUAAAUGUCUAGUUAGUGUUAAACCAAAUAACAAAAUUAAUUUGUCUGUCCUGAAUACCUCUGAGUCGGAAGUAAGGUUACAUGACCUAUCUUUCACCCUCGAACCCGUGUCUCUGAUUCUAGAAAAUGACCCUCCGUCUAAUACUUCCGACAGUACUCACGAGUCAUGCUGUUACCAAAUUAGUUUUAACUCAGUCCGGGAAAAACGAGUUCAAGAUGCCAUUCGUUGCGAACACUUAAAUAAGGAGGAAGAAACAUGUUUACGCAGUAUCUGUUCCGAAUUCUCAGACGUGUUUUUUCUUGAAGGCGACAGCCUCACGUGUACAAAAACUCUUGAACACGAAAUACGCACUACAUCUGACACACCGAUCGCUGUUAAAAGUUACCGUUUCCCUGAGUGUCAUAAAGAGGAAGUACAUAGACAAAUAAAUGAUAUGCUACGUCAAAAAAUCAUUCAACCCUCUAUCUCACCAUGGUCAGCACCUAUAUGGGUAGUACCAAAAAAACAAGACUCCUCCGGUAAACCUAAGUGGCGUAUUGUUAUCGACUAUAGGAAGUUAAAUCAAGUAACAAUUGGUGAUGCCUAUCCUAUUCCGAACAUCACGGAUAUCCUGGACCAGCUAGGCCACAGUAAAUACUUUACCACUCUUGACCUCGCGUCUUCGUUUCAUCAAGUCAAGGUGAAAGAUACCGAAAAAACAGCAUUUAGUGUGCCCUCGGGCCAUUACGAGUUCACGCGUAUGCCUUUUGGUCUUCGAAAUGCUCCUUCCACAUUUCAAAGACUCAUGAAUAUAGUACUAAGCGGCCUUCAAGGCACUCAUUGCUAUACAUAUUUAGAUGAUAUAGUCGCUUUCAACCACGAUCUCUUGUCUCAUUGUCAAAACCUCAGAAACAUAUUUCAUAAGCUCCGUGAACACAACCUAAAAUUACAACCGGACAAAUGUGAGUUCUUUCGUCGAGAAGCACAGUAUCUUGGACAUAUUAUUUCAGAUAAAGGAGUAAUGCCUGACCCCAAGAAGGUUCUCUGUGUUACUAACUUCCCAGUUCCGAAGUCUCCACGUGAUAUAAAAUCAUUUCUAGGUUUAGUUGGUUAUUAUCGUCGCUUCAUUGAAAAUUUCUCCCAUAUUACUAAAGCUUUAACUAGCCUUCUAAAAAAGGACGCUACGUUUCAAUGGGGUUGUGAACAACAAAAAGCCUUCGACGAACUGAAAAACAAAAUAACCUCGGCUCCUAUCCUUCAGUACCCUGAUUUUACUAAACCCUUCGUACUAACAACAGACGCAUCCAAUUACGCUGUUUCUGCUAUUCUUUCUCAAGGCGAAGUAGGUCAAGAUCUCCCAAUAGCCUUCGCAUCUCGAACCCUGAACAAAUCAGAAGGAAAUUAUUCUACAACCGAAAAAGAAUGUUUAGCUAUCAUUUUCGGCACAAAAGUUUUCAGACCUUAUCUGUAUGGACACAAGUUUAAAAUCGUGACCGAUCAUAAACCUUUGCAGUGGCUAUUUAACUGCAAAGACCCCGGUUCUAAGUUAGUUAGAUGGAGGUUAAAAUUAGAAGAAUUCGACUACGAGAUUGAAUACAAAAAGGGGAAGUUAAAUUGUAACGCAGAUUCCUUAUCUCGCAACCUCGUUCAUACUCUCGAUGAACCAACCGUUUUACAACCACCCCCAUACCUUGAUGAACAGUCUCGAGUAGAUGAGCCCCUUACGUUCGAUGACUUGUCUCCGUUACCACCCCCCAUAGACUUCAACGCCCCAGGUUCCGUCCCUUCAGAAACCCCUCUUGGACAAGAAAUGCCUAGCCACCCUACUCAACCUCCUACAAAAGUCCCUUCUCCAUCACUGCCCUCGCAACCGUCACCGUCAACUCCUGAAACCUAUGAACAAUAUCUAAAAGUGUCCCGACAAUCGAAAGAUCCGUUUAACACAAAUAUUCAGGAAUUUAACGACUCUCUACUUAAAGCUAAAUGUAAGCUGAUAGCCUACCCUACCUCAAUUGACCUUGAUGAGUCUGUACCAUAUUGUUCAGAAAUCAUAGAAAUGUCCACAACUAUGCCUGACAUACGUGAAGUGGAGAGAGAACUGUACUCAUUUUAUUCUACCGGUAACGCCAGUCAUUUAUUUACACAUUUGUUUGUCCGUGUUCAUUUUUACGAUGAGUUUACGUAUAAAGAUAUUUUUAAUGUUUUACGUUGUUACCGUGACAUGAUAACUACAUGGUAUAGCGAGGAAAAAGAAUGUGCUAUAUCAGAUUUCUCAGACCCUUACACGAAAUUGUCAUUUACAAAAAUUUACAAUAUCGUUGCGUUUCUAUUUCAUGACACUCAAAUCAAAGUAAAUAUUUACCAUAACAAUAUCCAAUAUCCUACGCCUUCCGAAAUCAAAAAAAUAUUAAGAGAUCACCAUGAUUCCACGACUGCAGGUCACCCCGGAGUCGCUCGUAUGUUAGGACGAAUAAAAGAACUAUAUUGGUGGAAAAAUAUGCGACAAGACAUAGAAAACUAUGUCAAAAAUUGCAAAUCGUGCCAAAUAAACAAACCGCUGCGCCAAGUUAAUCGCUCCCCAAUGAUAAUCACGUCUACCGCCACUAGAGCUAAUGAAAAGUUAUUCCUAGAUUUAGUGGGGCCAUUACCCGAAACACACCAUAACAAAUUCAAAUUCAUUCUUACGUUACAAGACGAUCUCACUAAAUAUUCUCAAGCAUAUCCCAUGGUCACAUGCUCCGCCGAAGAAACAGCUCGUUCAUUAGUAAAGUAUAUCUCCCAUAUCGGUAUCCCUAAGAUCAUUAUUACAGAUCAAGGUGCUAACUUCUCUUCCGAAGUAAUGAAGCAGUUAGAGCGUUUAUUCGGAAUAAAACACAUUUUUGCUUCUCCAUAUCACCCGCAGACUUGUGGCGCCCUAGAAAGAAGUCAUUCGACUCUGAAAGAAUAUCUUAGGUCGUAUAUAGUUGAAAACCAACAUACAUGGGACUUAUAUCUUAGAACAGCAAUGCUAGCGUACAAUUCCAAUAUCCACUCUACCACAGGCUUUUCACCAUUAGAACUGUUAUUCGGGUUUAAACCCUACAUCCCUAAAAGUAUAGACUCUCUCGACCUUAAUACAUACAGCGAUUAUAUAAGAGCACUUAAUCACCGGUUAUAUUACAGCCGUCAAAAAGCUUUACAAAAUAUAGAGUCGUCAAAAGAAAGAUCAAAAAAAUACUACGACUCUCACUCGAAACCGAUUACCUAUAAUAUUGGUGACAUGGUCUACGUCCGUUGCCAUCAUAAGCAAAACAAAGCCUUAUCUCCUGUAUGGAAGGGUCCAUACAAAAUCAUAAAAAUAAACGGCAACCACACGGUCACCUUAUUAAUGAACCGUAAACACGUGCGUCACCAUUAUGAUGAAAUAAAAUUAGCAAAUGACGACGCACUAUAGUCUUAUUAAAGCUAACUCGUUUAAAUAAUCCCUUUAUUUUCG